GACAUGCCUCACACAGAUGGCUACCGGGCGGCAGCGGGGGAGCCCGAUCCGCUUUGUCUCGCUCGUCGGAACGGAGGGAUCCGGACAUCAUCUGCUCACCCCAGUGAUUCGCAAGAUUAUGGCCGCAAGCUUAGUGCCGGGGCAAGAUGAUGUGGAUUCUGACCACGAGACGCAUUUCGGGUUUACCGGUGCUGGGGCAGACGACUUGUUGUGGUAUGCUUUCAAAGGGAGCAACCUGCAAGCAUUUCGCGAGGCUCUGCGCAAGCAGAAGCAUGGAGCUUUAGUUCAGCAAGAAUACAGUUUUCCAUCGGGUGACAUGCGUUCUGUUGGCCACCGGUUCUACAACCUCACCGACCUUUAUCAGAUGCUCGAGGCGUCCGGCGUGAAGCAGAAGGCCGUGAUCAAGUAUGUGCGCCCGAUGCCCCAGCGUGCCCGUUCCGUCUACAAGCGAUGGCCCGAACACUGUGCCGGUUCGCUGAUGGCCUGCAAAGCAGAGCAGCAGGCGUUUGACCAGCUCAUCGAGGAUCACCUAGCAGAGCUCGAUAAGAUGAAG